AUGCCAUCCGUCGAACCAAAACGCGAGUACGUUAGCGAUUUAAAGGUCAAGUAUGGAGAUUCGCCGGCUGAGGCUCCACCAAACGCCUUGCGGGAAUUGACAGGCUUGAGUAACGAUGUGAACCAACGAUAUGGUGGAAAGCAUGUCUGGCUUGUCCCCAGCUAUACUACCGACCCCGCAGCCGCAGCAACGUCCUUUCACGUCGUCGUCCAACAUAGCCCAUCCGGAGGCAUGGACGAUAUUGCCAAGGGAAUCGGCGGCGGAUACAGAUAUGUUUUCACUAAGUCCGAUCCGGACGAGCUGCGCAAGAUCACGUAUGCCGUGUUGCUGCGAUCUUCUUGGAAAGUCGCCACUCCUCCAAGCGGAUGGGACAAUAUCAGCGAAGAUCUGAAUAAGGGCCGACGCGGAACAUACUUGUAUAUCUUGCUGAAAAUGACUGAGAGUGAAGUCGCUAGCAGCAACUCUCGUCUGUCGUUGACUGUGCCGAGUGUUGCCGGAUACUUGUCUGUACGAAGCAGUCCAGCGCGGAAGGAGUAUAUUCAGCGACUGGAAGUGGCUUACGGCGAUAACGAAAAGGAAGUUCCUCCCGAUUGCAUUCGAGAGAUCAGCGGGCUUAGUCCGAACCUCGACUUAAAUGGCGGCAGCAAAUGUGUCUGGCUCGUUCCAGUGUAUACAACAGACAUCACCAAAGCAGCCACUUCAUUCGACAUGCUCGUCCAAGCCUUUGAGGACCCAAAGUUUAACGACCUCGCGCGACGUACCGGCGGCGAAUUCCGCUAUAUCGUCCCUCGUGCGGACCGCAAGCAGUCAGAGAAAAUCGUCGAGGUCGGCUUCGCACGGUCUGAUGCACCACUCGAGAGGCCUCCAACUGGUUGGCAGGGCUACUGUGUUAAUGAUGUUAAUAAAGGGCGCAGGAAAAGAUGCGUGUAUAUCGCCUGGAAGACGGUAUCGACAAAUUCCUGGUCGUUCGUUUCGCUUUCAGGAUCCAUCAGCCCAUUCAGAUUGGGCAAUACUACGAGCAAAUACAUCAAAACGCUAACAGUAUGCUACGGAGAAUCCUUCGACGACAUGCCAGAGGGGGCCGUCUACGAGUAUAACGGCCAGAGCGCCGACCUGAACCACCAGUUCGGUGGCAAAUUCGUCUGGCUUGCGCCCGAAUACACAACCGACCCGGACGCCGCGGCGACAUCUUUUACGGUCACCGUAUCACGCAUCGCGGACCUUGCUCUCGCAGACAUAGCCAAGGGCACUCUGUGCGGACGCUUUCGCUACAUCGUACCCAUGUACGAUGCCCGAGCCAAGGGGCGCGUCGCCGAGAUACAGCUCUUCCGUGCGGAGCGACCGCUGAGCAAACCACCCUCGGGCUGGCAAGGCAUGAGCACUGACAUUAAUGAAGGUAGGGGAAGGACUGCGUUAUAUCUCAUCUGGAAGACGUCGCGGAGGGCGAUUGUCUACACGCAGGAUGCGUGCCUGACGCAUAGGAACAUUGCAAUAGGUGAUGACAAAAGUAGGCUAGAGCGUCCCGAACGACUCUACGCGGUAAACGUUGGGGUGGGUGCAAUCUACGCGCGGCUCGAGGAAGCCGCCGGACAUAGUUCUUCUCGCUCGGGACGUGUAUCCGAGGACGAUGACCAUGGCCCAUUCACGAUUGUGAGAAGCACAGAAACAAUACAGGAUAUCCCAGAGCGUUCCGCGGCUUGUACUGUCCUCCAUAUCAAGCCCGAGGAUGGACCGACGUACGCACAGGUACUAGAAGAGUGGUGCAAGCAGAGCCGACAAAGAAUUAUGCAUCGCGAACGCGAGUUGCUAUAUGAGUUUGAGGAGGACCUUUACGUUUGCCCAGGAUCCUUUGAUGCUUUCAAGGCGGCGAUGGGCACUGUAUGCCAAGCCGUCGACGCAGUUGCUGCUGGAUCUGAAAUCGCAUCGCAAGUGUCGGCGGGGCUUCUGCAUGGGACACAUGGGACACGAGCUUUUGUAGCUAUCCGUCCUCCAGGACAUCAUUGCAUCGCGGGCGCUCCUGCCGGUUUAGGAUUUGUUAAUAAUAUAAUUGUUGGUGCCUUACAUGCUUUCUACCAGCAUAAAUAUACCCACAUCAUCAUAUUCGACAUCGACCUCCAUCAUGGUAACGGCACUCAGCGAGUUGUCAAGGAGAUCAAUGCUCAGCGGCCUGCGAAUCCUGCUAACGGCAAGGACGAAUAUCCGACAAUGUUCUACGGGAGUAUACAUGAUAUCAAAUCCUACCCGUGCGCGAACGGGGAUUCGAAUAGGAUCUCCGCUUCGUUGGUAGCUCGAGGAGCAGAUGGGCAAUGGGUUGAGAAUAUCCAUAUGCAGCCGUACACCUCGGAAGAAGAGUUCUGGGAACAUUAUGAGCAGCGAUAUGUCACGCUCAUUGAGCGAGCGUCCGAGUUUGUCGCGAGUACGCAGGCGUCUGUGGAGAAAACGAUGGUGUUCAUCAGCUGCGGCUUCUCUGCGUCAAGACACGAGCAUCCCGAGAUGUCCCAACACAAAUGCUACUUCCCCACAGAGUUCUAUCAUAGGUUCACACGUGAUGCCCGCACAUUCGCGGACCACUUCGCGCAGGGCAGGCUCGUGGGCGUAUUAGAAGGUGGCUACAGUAAUCGUGCUCUUAUCAGUGGCGUGAUGGCCCAUGUGGCGGGGCUCGCAGAGACUGAGCUGACUAAUGUGGAUCCCAAAUGGUGGGAUCUGCCCGCAUUGGAGGAGGCCGAGAAAGUCCUCAAGAGGCAGCAGAAGCGCAAGGCAAGAAGCGAGAGGCCUCCACUAUGGGUCACUCGGACACGACAGAUUGUGGGCCUACUCAACGAGCCCCUCGACAGGAACGAAGACUCCCGUGUUCUUGCCAUUCCUUCGCGUGAUACUAGCGUGAGACCCGCUAAUGCGCUUCUCACGCUAUCGACGUCGGCGUCGGGGACUGCUGAAAAGCGUCGCCAGGCAAGCGGAUCCAACCCGGUCGCGGCGAAGCGACCACGUUCCGGUGCCUCGGAGAUGGCUAGCUUGUCGCAGACGCGUGCUCUAUCACGAGCACUGUCAGAGCUCACUCCCAUUCCCGAUACACCCAGGACUAGUGUUGCGUUACUAUCCAAAGCCCUGCUGCCGAGUACACCCGGUGCUCCAGGACAGUCGUCUUCAGCUUCUUCACCGAAACCACCCCCACAAGACAAAGCACAGGAAGUGUACAAUGAGCUCAAACGCUCGUUUGACAGCUUUGACAACAUUGCUACCUCCACCGCUGCCUUACCUCAAGCAUUCCUGCGCGCCAUCCGUCCGGUUCGCGGCUGUGUCUGGCGGCUCGAACAUAUCCUCGCAGACGGGAAGCUAGCAUGUGAUGCGCUCGAGACACUCGAAGAGUUUUUGUCCGAGGCUCAUUCUUCCCUGGAACAGUUCACAGCCGAACCCGGCGACAGACAGAUGGCGCGGCGAAAGCUGGACAGAGCUCUGUACGACCUUGAGGGUUCCGCAUUGGAUCUAAAGAACAUGUACAUAUGA